CAAAAAAUCUAUCAAAAUGUCGCUAAAAAACUUUGUGGAUAAUAAUUCCUGUGUUUUCUCUAUAUUUGCAUGUAUUUCACUGACUUUCUUUUAUGUUGCGAGCCUGUAUGUCUGGAGGUCAAAAUUGAGCAGGGAUCAUCCUUCAACAAUUAAAAGAAGAUUCUUCAGUGUUUCAUGCAUGAUGUUGUUAGCACCAUUCUUCAGCCAGUAUUUCUUUACGGAGACCACGCUCAGUAAAAGCGAUAUUUAUGAACAAAUGGGCUUAAGAACAGCUGGUUUUUUUGCAGCUUCUACUUUGCCCUUAUUGUUAACGGCUGUUUUGUUUUUGGGUCCUUUGACAAUGCAGUUUUUUUCCGGACUAUGGAAGUUGUAUUCAGAACCAGUAUACUGGGUUUCAAGUUGGCAGGAUCUUGUAUGGGUCCGAAACCACGUGAUGGCUCCAUUGAGCGAGGAAUGGGUAUUCAGAGCUUGUAUGAUGCCUCUUCUCUUGCAGUGCUUGGAACCUAUGACUGCCGUUUUUGUUGGACCUUUGCUGUUUGGUAUUGCUCACUUCCAUCAUAUUUUUGAGCAAAUGAAAGCUGGAGUCGAAUUUAAGACUGCCCUAAUGAUCUCAACAUUCCAGUUUACUUACACUAGUAUAUUUGGUGCAUAUUCUGCGUAUUUAUUCGUAAGAACAGGUCACUUUGUGGCACCAUUGACAGCACAUAUGUUCUGCAACCAUAUGGGAUUCCCAAACUUUGGUGAGGUGAGCAGUUACCUUCCUCUGCAAAGGAUAGUCAUUAUAUUCAAUUUCUUAUUAGGGUUCGGUCUUUGGUGUACACUGCUAACACCCUUAACGAGCCCGGACAUUUACGAUAAUAGAUUACACUGGGAAACGUGAAUUAAAUAAAAAUACUAAGUGUCAAAACUAUCAGAGUAAUAUUAAAUUUGACUCAAAAAGCAACCUUAAUUACUAAGUUAUUUGAUCAAGUAUUCACACUUAAUACGACUUAAGAUCAAACCUACCGUUUAAGGCUCACUUUGUACUGUUGCGACAGGCAGCAGUGGCAGAACGGCGUCUUACUACUCAGCGCCAUACUACUAACCACCUAUAAAUACCUACCUAUAAUAGUAAUACUGUCGUAGAAUGGCAGAUGCAACCAGAAUACAAUAAUUUAAUAGUAAAUGGUAGUGUGGCGUUGCAGUGCCGCAGUCAUCUAUCCCAAUUAUUUAAUUUAAUAAGGUCUACAUAUAUUUUUCUAGUUUGUGCCAUUUAGCAUGCCAGUAAGGGUCAUUAACCCUACUUUCAUUCCUUAAUCACAAUUCGACGGCGACCUAUCGCCAAUUGUUAUAAAUCUAUCGCAAUUUUUACACCGUUCAAAUAAUAUAAAAAGCCUUAACUUAACCUUA